CAGGUCUCAAUGUGUCACUGUUAAAGGAUCGUACGACAGAGUGUGUUCUGCUGCUGUGACCUGGCAAGACACCUGGCGCUACUUCACAGAAAGGUGAGGAAGAGGAUGAUGAAGGAGAUUCUGGUAAUGCUCUGCAUGGUCAUACAAUGCAGAGCUCAGAAAUGGAACCACAAAACCUCACGUUGGGACCCUAAAGCAGAACAUACCAAUGGCAAGACUUGUUCCAACCUGACCCAGGUACUGGACAACUGGAAAUUUGCUAUUCUAACCCAAGUGAAAGAUCUUCUGAUCAAUGACCAUGCUUCUGUCCUGCCCGAAUACAACAGAAUCCAGCCGCUGUCAGAUGCCCUGGGAGACCUCUACAGGCAGUUUAACACUCUAAAAGACGAGCUCGGGAUGCUUACCUCAAAGUUUGACGGUUUGGAGGGUUUUGUGGACGACCUCAAGUACGGCAGGUCCGCUCUGCCUCAGCGGCCCAUUCCGAUGGUCCCCCCCGCCGUUGGUCUGAGGUCUCCUCUGCGAGCACAGAUGAGGGCUCCUGACAGGAGGAUGGGGCCAACACUGCUUAGAGCGAGGAGAAGAGGGCCACAAAGACCUUAGAAAUACCAAUGCUCAAGUAUCAGAACAAAGUUAAUGGGUUAAUAGAUAUUUUUCAGAAGAACAGUAGUUUGUCUGAUUUCAUCAAUGAGGAUAAUGUCAGAAUAGGGCACGUAUAUAAGAAUGACUUAGUGAUGCACGGUAUAGAAAAAAAGGUUUUCCAAAUGUGUUUAUCUUAGCCUUUCUGUACAAAGUCACUUUUAACCACAAGGGGACAGCAUAGAUCAACUUAACACACUGUCAUCCUGCUGCUCUGUGUAUCAAUAGCAUGACAUAAAGUCUAGAGAUGUUAAAUGACAGAAUAUAAAGAUACCUUGCAGACAUUGAUUGAUAUUGUAUUACCAUUUGUUUGUAUUUGAGUUUUGUCGCCCAAAUGACUAUUAAAAAAUAGAUUUCUUAAAAGUUAAAUUAAUCAACAUUUGCUACAUUGUAAAUACACUGUACAUUCAGUAACAUAAUUAGGACAAACCACUGUCAAACCAUUUGGAAAAAUGUGUUCUUAAGCGUGUGAAGGACACAGUAAGAUGGAAAAAAACUGUAUUGAACCAUCAGCCCUUACAGAUACAACUGCCCCCAUUAUCAAUGAUACACAACAGUUUUCAAAAACACUUUUUAUUUUAGUAUGCUGUAUGUCUAAAAUGUUUUCCUACUGUUUUCCUUACUAUUCAUAUCUGUGAUAUCAUGAUUAGACUGCAGUAGAAUUUCAAAAUGGA